AUGGCUGCCUCUUACUCAGAUAGCCGUAGUGUUUUCGAUGCCAGAGUGGACGCAUGUGGGCUUCCACGAGAGGAUGCUGUGAAGGUUAAGGCCGCUGUGGGAUCGCUUCGGCAGCUUGCUUUCAUUUCUAGCUUUACUCCUGGUCAAGCGGAUGAGGCCCCGCUUAUGGCUGCUCUGAAGUCGAUGUUGAGCCGCGAGGCUGAGUUGGCUGUUCAGGCAAGCUUCAGAGCACUGUAUCAUGAGGCUUAUGCUAUCGUUACUUCGGAGAUGCGGCAAAAGAUCGAGAAGAGCGAGGAGCCCACGGCAAGGAGGCUCACCCAGCCUGAGCGUGCCGAGAGGCACGAGAAGCAGGUCGCGAAGCUUGUGGGUGUGCUGAUCAAGGGACCUUCGGAGCCCAGUGAGGCACUUGUUGAUAAGGCAGUGUCGGCCUAUGAACAGAACGAGUUGAGGUACAUCUCUUGGGAAUCGUGCACCUCUCGAGAACAGGAGGUCGCCUCAGAACGCAAGAAGGACACUCGCUUCACGAUCGAUGAACAUUCGGGCAAGCUUAAAGUUGAGAAUAAAGAGGCUGAGGACAAGGCCUCCACCGCUUCGGAGGUCCAUGUCCUUCAGGCUUUGCAGAGACGAUCGCUUGCCCUUGAUCAAGCUAAUCUUGUCGAGUACACCCUGAUGCAGCAGUGGUCGGACCGCCUGCUGCGUGCCAGGAUGGACGAUCCACCGCCCCAGUACAGCCGUCCUUCUUGGGGCCAACUUGUGGCGGCGGACAAGAAGCUCUUCAGCGAGUUGAGAGAUCUGACAAGAGAUGGAGUUCAGUCAUCAAGCGGAGGAGUGCGCCCUCUUGACAAGCACCUUCCAGCUGUGAUGAUGUCGUACGACGUGGUCUGCUUGCUCCAGCCCAUGCCACAGUCGGCCAGUGGGCGAAGCACAGAGGAUUCUGGCAAGGAGCGCCCCGCUCCCUAUACUCCCAAGGGUCCUCGAAAGGGCGCUGGGAAGGGCAAAGAGGGCAAGGGAAAGGGACGCAUGCCUGCGCAGCUCAUUGCUUGGGGCUGCACUUCCUCAACCAAGAAAGGAAACCCGUACUGCUAUGGGUUCCAGCUUGGCAAUUGCGCCAAUGCUGUGACCAACAAUGCCUGCGUGAGAGGCCUGCAUGCUUGUGCCAUCCCGAAGUGUGGCCAACACGGGCACGGGGCUUCCACCACAACGACGAAUGAUUCGUCAGAGUCAAUCGGUCGUGCGGCCGAGGUUGGCCAGGCAGGAAAUGAUUCGGCUACCCAAGCCAGCCAGAGCUUGGUUCCGGAACACUUCCGCGACGGAUCAUCUUUCGAAGUGGAUGCACAUGUGCAACCAGCUUCCAGUUCUCCUCAGCACGAGAAAUUUUCCGCAAUUCUUCAGAGGUGCCUGAGCUUUUUCGACAGCCUCCCGAAUGAGUCAGUUGGGACUAAGACCCAAUCUCAUCGUGACCAGGUUGGGAAGGCUUUUUAUAGUGGGAUGUAUUCUAAGGGUGUCGUAGGGCUGCGAACUUCGGUCCACCGGCACCCCGAGGAGGUGAGAGUUCUUACUUCGUUGAUUCGAGCCGUCGACCCAACGUUGUUGUUUUCCAGUCUGGUUGUCACCGAGGACUCACGUGUCGGGGUCCACAAGGACGUCCAGAACGUCUGCAUCCAGAACUUGGUCAUCCCGAUGACUCGUUUUGGGGGAGGCGAACUGCUUCUAGAGGACCCCGCGGGAUCCUUGGUUCAGAGGGGUGAGGUUUCUUUUAGGGCUCGCGCUGUGUCCUUGGAUCAGGGACCAAUUGCAUUCGAUGCCCGCUCCGUUCGGCAUUCCGUGAACCCUUCUCGCGGUCGGCGUGUAGUCUUGAUCGCUUACUGCUUAAAAGGUUCGGACCGCCUUGCAACAGAAGAAUCCCAGUUGCUUCGUAACCUGGGGUUCGCAUUGCCCCAUCAGGAGCCUGCUGAGGUUCCUCUCCCCGCCUUCACGGUCGGUUUUCCUGAUUUUAGGCCUGCUCUAGGGUUUAGUCCCCCCGGCCCUAGUGCACCUCCAGUGGGUUUGUCUUCGGUUAAAGCUUGCCCUUGGUUGUGCCUAGAGCUGUUCGCCGAAACCGGCAACAUGACUUCUGCAUUGCGGAGCUUCGGAUUCAAAGCCCUUCCUUUGGGGCGCCGUGCCAAGGGGCCCGUGCAUGUUACACCGCUGGAUCUUUCUCGCGGCAUGUCUUGGCAAUACGUGAAGAGGCUUGUACAAGCUGGGGACGUGUUUGUGGUACAUCUCUCCCCGCCGGCUCGCGGUUCGCUUGCCGAUGCAGCGGCGCCGCACGUCGCUGACUUUUGCACUUGGCUCCGUUCCGAGUUUCCUUCUGUGCACUUUUCCGUUGUGUGUGCCGCCUCGGCCCCCCUUUGGAAACAACCUGGCCUGCUCGAUCUUAAACAGUCCUGCAUUCAGGUCUCAUUUGCUGCCUGUGGUCCCGGACCUCGCGAGAGCUUUCUCUUGAUGUCCUCACUGCCCGAGCUUCGGGCCCUGGGUGCUAAUCUGGUGCUUCUAGCGAGUGGGGCGGGUCGCUACAUGGACUACGAGGACAGUGAGUCCUCCGUGCCAAGAGUCGUGCCGCCGCCAGCCACGCAGUACAGGCGGCCGGGUGAUUCAGACGAGCCGCUGCCGGUGGCUCUGCAGUGUACCAAGGUUGUGCCCGUCUUUGAGGCUGUGCUUAAGAAGCCCAGGCUACAGGCAGGCGAGAAGGCCGGUGUCGAUCGAGAAAAUGUCCUACGUCGGUGGCUCUGUGUUCUGAGCCACUCACCUGGUGCCUCGAGGUUGGGGGUUCUCAUUUGGGCGAAAGGCGAAUCUGACCCCUUGGGGGUCGUGGCGCAGGCCUUGGCUGGGAAAGCAACAUCGACUUUGCUUAAGCGAGCCCGAUUUUCUGCACGAUUCAUUUGUUGGGCCGACAAGCAUCAUGUGAAGGCUUUCCCGGUGAGCCUCGAGUUUCUUGUGAGCUUCCUCAAACCACUUGCAGCCGAAGCCAGGAACAGUGCCAUUCGUGAGGCUAUGGAAACUGUGAAUUCCUGGAACAUGUUCUCGGAAUUGAGGUCGAACAAGGUCGAGGAGGUGCUCCUCCUCGAAGGAGCGCUGAUAGAGGGAGCCCUUGACAAGGUGGACAGGAACAUUUCGAAGCUUGAGCUUGACCUUGAUGGCGAUACGGGUUUCAUCGAGGUCAGAACUUAUGAGCACAAGAAUUGCCGGUUGAGCAGUGGACCGGGGGCCGUGCUCAUUUUGGUUGCGCCGUACCAUGGGCUCCACCAGAAGCCUUGGGGCGCCGCUUGGGCAGAGGCGGCGAAGGCCGUUGGCUUCGACUUCGAGAAGGGGCAUCGCGGGCCGUUGCUCCCCCGCCUGGCCUGCGAUUACUCUUGGAGCGGGGAUGCCAUCGAUGCCAACGAGACCACUACAUGGAUCAGGGCGUUGCUUUCACGGCUGCAAGCGGCCGAAGAAGAUCUUACAUUCUCCUCGCACGGCUUGAAGGCAACGCCGCUUUCUUGGACCUCGAAGGCUGGAUACAGUGAGAGGACGCAACUUGUCCUGGGACACCAUAGCUUAGGUCCAAGUGGGAAAACGCAAGAAGCUUACGCUCGCGAAGUGCAGGCGCAGCCGCUACGAGAUCUUGCAGAAUGUCUUGGUGCCAUCCGGCAGGGGGUUUUCCAUCCGGAUCGCACGAAGAGCGGGAUGAUUGCAGGAGGUGCGACCAUCCGUGAGUCGCGAUUCUCUUUGGCACCCUUGGGUCGUGCCAAUCUUUCGCCAUCUCACGAGAGCUUCGAGUGCGCUCCCGAAGUUGAGCUGGCCGAGGAUGGAGGCGUAGAACCUCCUGAUGAUCAGGACCUGGGUGAACAAGAAGACGUUCACGAAGCCUCGAGCAGCGAGUCUGAGAGCUCAGGUGAGUCCGAGGAGGAGACUCAUUAUGAGAGUUUUGGAGCAGGCGAAGCGCAGAAUGCGAUCCCGUCUGUGAACAUGGGCCCUGAUUUAGACAUUUUUCAGAACCCGAAGACCAAGAGCCUUCACUCACGAGCGAAGGGUUCUACUGGCAAGUUGAUCUGUGGAAGGUCGCUUGACAAUAUGAAGCCUUUCAGUGGAAAGGUCUUCAGCAGUAGAUGGCUGUGCAAGCAAUGCACAGCAGGCCGGCCCCUCCGCGACGCAGGGGCCAUGGCGAGUUUCAUCGCUAAGAAGCAGGGAUCGGAGAUCAUGGCGCAAACCCUUGUAGAGUCCAAGGCAGUCUUCCUGGAGCGAGCCAAACGUGUGGGCCUCCCUCAGGAAGCAGUGGAUCGCCUUGUUGCACAGACCAUCGACACGAUGGCGAAGCUAGCGUUCGCCCCUUGCCAGCCCGGCGAGACGCCGACCGAGGAGUCGUUGGCGGCCCUCAUCAAGGUGGGAGGUGCAGCCCCGCCGUUGGGAUCCAUCGCAGCGGUUCGACACCUGGUGUUCGAAGCACAGACCCUCUUGGUCAGCCAGACCAAGGCACUCGUUGAGAACAAGGAGAACGAGGUCAAGGAGUUAGCCCCCGCGGAGCGCCGCGAGCGCAUCCGAGCACAGGCCAACAAACUUAGAGGCAUCACCAUGUCUGGCCAGACUGAGUGCAGCUACGCCUCGUAUGACCUCUGCAUGAAGCUCCUUACUGAUAACUGCAUCAGCUACCUUUCCCCGGCCAAGUUCAUCACUCGUGAAGCUGAGCUGCGUUCCGAGAAACCGCGGAAGGAGUUGGAUGUACAGGCUUCAACACUGGUCGUGAGAGAUCGUGACCCCGAUCAGUCAUGCGAUACUUCCACUGCACUGAGCCUUCACCAUGCCAUGCACCGUCGAAGCCUUGCUCUUGACUUGAUCGGUGUGACUGAUUACUUUAGGGUUCAGGGCUUCGUGGAUUUCCUCUUGGGCCACCUUCAUCAGGAGCCCAUUGCUGGCAGCCGUGCCACUUCUGUGCAACAAAUUCUGCAUGCGGACCGUGCUGCCUGGAUGCGCCUGGCAGAGCUUACCCCCGACGGGAUUCGUCGAGAUGCAGCCGGGGCUUUGCCUCUUGACAGUUUGUGGGCCCGCUUGCAGACUGACCCGAAGGUGAUUUUUCAUCUCCUCCCGCGAGAAGGUGGUGCCCUCAAGCGGGAGAGCACCGAGCUCAAACCUGAGCCCACAGACACCCCGACCAAGAAGCAGCGCAAAGGUACCGGCAAGGGAAAAACCAAGACAUUGCGAGAGCCUAGCAAUCUUCCAGAAGAACUCAAGGGCCUUUCGUCUUGGACUAAGACCGGAAAGCCCCGACAGCGUGCCAGCACCGUGUUUUCCAUCGCCCAGUGUUUCAUUGGAUGCUUCACUGAGCUGCGAGCCCUGUGGAGGGGCCGCUACUUGAUGCCGGGCACUCUCUUUGCGGUGCUGUUUGCGUCUGCUGUGGCCCUGGCCGCUGGUCAACUCGACACUGUGCCGACAGAGGCCGUCGUGUUAAUUGAGGAAUACCACUAUCAAGUGACCGUGCCCGCGCCUUCCGGUGCCCUGCCCUCUCUUCUGUCUGAUCUGGGAGUCGGGAAGUUGGUCUCCAUUACGUGUGGAGUCUACCGAAGCCCUCUUCAGUUUGCAGAGCGAGCUCUGAACGUUGGCCAUCCUUGUGACAUGUGCAGGGCUCUACCCGAUCAAGCAAUGAUCGUUCUUGGCCAUCUGCUCAUCGAGGGUCCUGUCAAAGUUCUCAGGCGAAGACUUGAUAUGAUAACCCAGUGGAAAGCAUGGGCAGCUGAGCUGGAGCCGGCCGAAGCCGAGCUGCACAAAUCUCUGGCCCCCUCAGUUGCUGAGGUAGUCAAAGGAAAACGCCUGCUCCUUCUUGAUCGCAUAGCCAGGUCCCUGCAAUGGCCUGACACCCGCUUACAUCAGGACAUGACCAGUGGCUUCAAGAUCGUAGGGGAGGAGUUCCCAAGUGGGAUUUUUCCCCUUGAGCCUCGUCCGGCGACCCUCACGCCUGAGGAGUUGCUGGCUCAGUCUCGCUCCACAAAGCCCUUGAUCUGGGAACAGAUCAAUGACGCUCCGUUGGACGUGAACUCACGUGAGCUCUUCGAGAUCACUGAGGCUGAAUACCGCGAGAAGGGAUGGCUUGAGCAACCACGCACUUGGGAAGAGCUGGAGCUUUUGUUUGGCGAUUGGCUCCCAGCAAAGAGAUUUGGAGUACGCCAGCGUGACAAGCUGCGUCCCAUCGACGACCUUGCAGCCAACGGUGCAAACAGCGCCUUUGCCGCUUGUGACAAGCUCACCUUGCGUGCUUUCGAUGAGCUGAUUUGGUGUGCCACCUACAUCAUGCGAGCACUUGUGCAAAAAGGAUCCGUUCACCUUGUCUUGUCCUGUGGCCGGGUGAUCUCAGGACCUCUUCACGACUUUUGGAGAAUCAAGACCGAUCGUGCCCGUCCCUUGCUGAAGACAAUCGACUUGAAGGCAGCGUAUAAACAGCUACCGCUCCACCCGGAGCAUCGCAGGUUCUGUGUGGUCGGCUUGAAACAUCCAGAUACCGGUCAAGUGAGGGGCUACACAUCGAGAGUAUUACCUUUCGGGGCCGCCGGGAGUGUUACUUGCUUCAAUAGGGUUGCACGCUUGAUCCAACGGAUUCUUCAGGAAGCCUGGAUCUUAAACUGCAACUAUUUUGACGAUUUUCCAGUGUUGGAGUUAUCCGCACUGACGGGGAGCACAGAUUCAACUGCCCACUGCAUACUCGACCUCCUCGGCUUCGAGUGCUCAGCUGAGAAGGAGGAACCCUUCGGCGCCAGCGCCGACGUCUUGGGAGUCACCGUCGACCUUUCUUGCGCAGACUUGUCUGAGGUGCGUGUGUGCAACCGGCAGGUCAAGUGUAGCGAGGUGGCCGCGUCAGUUGAUGAUGUUCUUGACCGGGGCUUCCUUAGGGCUGCGGAGGUUGCUUCUCUUUUCGGAAGGAUUCAGUUUCUUGAAGGGCAACUCUUGGGACGCAUGGGUCGAUUGGCCUUGUCCGAGCUUCGUUCCCUCGGGACUUCGGGCGGAGUCCUCAAGCUCGGGGACUCCGAGCGUCAUGCAUUUCAGAAUCUGCGUGAGCGGAUGCUCCACGGUCCGCCCCGGGCGAUUUCAGCUCGCCCGCCGGGGGCAAAUGUUAUUGUGUUUACAGAUGGGGCCUGCGAGCCGGAGGGUGAUAGCAUGCUGUGCUCCAUCGGAGGGGUGCUGUAUGUUGAGAGCUCCGGCAAGUGGGUCACUCGAUACUUUGGUUGCCGACUGCCAGAUAAGCUUGUCAGGACUUGGAGUGCCUCGGGCAAGAAGCACUUGAUAGGACCCGUCGAGUUGUACGCGGUGGCGACGGCUAGAGCAUUGUGGCGAGAGUACCUCGAUUUUUCUAAAGGCAUCUUCUUUAUUGACCAUGCGGGUGUACACGCCGCAUGUGUGAAUGGGUCGUCCCAUGACAGCCUCUGGCGGCUCAUCCUUUUGAAGCUUGAGGAAGCUGAUGCCAAUGCCAUGAUUGCCUGGUACGCCCGUGUCCCGAGCCAGAGCAAUCCUGCAGACCCACCCUCGCGGGGGUCCAACCUUUUCCCUGUUUGGGGCACAUGCUCGAGGGAUCAUCCGAGCGUUGCAGCCAUGGACUCCAUAUACUGCGGCGGUCUGGAGAGCUGCAACAAGCUCUGGUGGCUGCUCGUUCACUUCGCUGCGACCUGGGGGCCCCAAUUCGAGGGCGAGAUGGACCGCUUCCACACCACGGAUGAUGGCUACUACAAGGACCGCCGCAAUGCCAUGCAUUUGAAGUUCCACGGGGAAGCGGAGGCGGUGCUCCCAGGGUCAUCUCGCUGGGGCGUAUUCACACCGGCCGCGGUCGUGCGUCUUUUGGCACCAGCCUGGUGGCGCAGAGUCGGCUUCAGCCAGGACGUGUCGCACCGCUUUUUGGAGUGUUGGCUGUACACGCAAUUUCCACUCCGAGGCCAGAUGUUCGAGGACGUCGUGGAGAUUCUGCACUGCUUUUGCGAGAUGGUCCAUUGCUCUGACUACGUUGCCGCGGUGCCUGGUGAGAUCCGGACGUUCCAAGACCUGAUGGAUGCCCGAGCGUCCAUGGUGAGGCGCCUGCGGCAGCUGAAGCAAGAGCAAUGGGUCUGGUCUUCUUUGGUGGCCGUGAUCUCGGCCUGGGUUCUUGUGAGUGGUAACCGUCCCAUCUUCAACACCGAAGCCUUGGGACCCACGUCCCAGGAGCUCCGCCACUACGCGGCACCGUGCAGUCGCCUGGGGCCCCGGCGAUUCCGGGUGCUGUCGGUAGGACAUGACGCUGUGAAGUGUUCUCGCGAAAGGAACUCCGAUGGGGUGGCUGCUGUUGCAAGCAUCCGCUUGAUACUAGAUGCAGCAUUGGACCAAGUUAUAGUAGUGAUCGUCUGGGCUAAGCGAGCUUCCGUUCCAGCCAUGCCGCUGGAGUUGGACGAUUCGGUGUUCGGGGUUUGGAUGGUGGCUCUGUUCUCCGUUUACGAUGGCUGUGCACACACAACGCAUCGACAGGGCCCUUUGGACCAUGCCAAACUCGCGAUGGUUACCCACUUUGUGGCGCGAAUCUGGGACGACAACAAGGAGACCUGCGAGGUGCUAGCCUUCACCCACGCGCUCUUCAAGAUAGCACAGGAUGCAAUCGAGAGCAUGGACCCUGACACUGGGGAUUACGAACGGUUGGAGAAGAUGCCCAGCAGUGAUUUCUUCCUUCGACUUUACGACCCGGACAGCAUUCAAGCCACGCUGGAGAAACUUCACCACAUCGCCGACCAGCACGACUUCGAUCACAUGAUCAAGUGUAUGACUUGGGCCACGGACUUUUUGGCUGGUGUCUUGCCCUUGAUUCGCUUUCAUCCACAGCUGUUGCGAAGCAUGGGGAAGCUCCAGAGCCUCCUUUUCGACAUGACUGCGAUGUUGUGCAUUCAUAUGCAGUCGAAGCUGGUCAUGUGGCUUCGUCUGCAUUAA